AUGGCGAUGGCUUGGACAUUAGAUGAAGCAGUGACACAGCUUGAGAGCGUCGCCAAUGUUCCCCCAAAGCAACGGCAUACAAAUGUUGCAGAACUUGUGAAAGUAAUAAUCUCCUCUGCCUAUGAAUCCGGCUUAGAGACUGAAACGUUGAACCGCAUCUUGAAAGUCAUUGUAUCGUCUAGACACCUUGAUCAAUCAACCGUGACAUCAAUAGUUAAGAAUCUCUAUCCGGCUGAGAGAGUCCCGUCAAAGAUUGUGGCGAGAGUGAUUUGCUCACUCGGAGCUACAAAAUCAAAGCCAUCCCCAGCUACUCAAAAUUUACUCCUGAGAUGGCUUCUCCUUGUCUAUGAUAGCCUGGAAGAUCAGGCUCACUUGGGAAAAUUCUAUAGCAUUCUCUUCGAUAACUUGGAUAUGAUCAGUUUACGCCGUCCCAUUUGUCAUAUACUCUCACUCAUCACUCGACGGAAACACGUCAAGCCAUUCCGUGUAUGGGCCCUCUUGGAACUUAUACGAACUACAGGCGGAGACGAAAGGGAGCUCUGGGGAUUGUUGCGGGUGUAUAGAAGCUAUUAUCCAGACAUUAUCAUCGAUGACGCUGCUAUACCUCGCAGGAGAGCCACCUACUUUUUCAAACACCCAGACCCCGAAUGGACCACUCAUAUGAAAACCUUGCAAGAGCGGGCUGCAAGUGCUGCUCCUCAGACAGCCCCUGAAGGAUUCCAAUCCGUUCGUCGAGACGGUGUCAAGAGGAGUCGGAUUGAAGUCGUAAUACCAGUUCCUAAAACUUCUCGAGUCCGGCGUGGUUUCACCUCUCUAGAGGAACUCAACAAUGUACGAGAUUUUGUCAACAAGCUAGAUAAAAUCGAGCUACCCAACCAAAUAGCCUCUGCCCUAACUGAGCCCCUGGCCCAGAAAUUUUUGCUUCUGGUUCAGAAUAAUGAAGCUCUACAAAGGAUGGAAAGUUGGCUUACAAACUUCUUCGAAGAUGAACUCGAUCACCUGGAUGAGGAGAAAAGGUCGUCGGAGGAGCUGGGCUUUGCUCUUGAUAGCUUGGUUCGCUAUGUGAGGUACACAAAGGGUUUCCCUCGCUCUGUAGAUAAGUUCCUCCAGCAUUACCUGCCAUUGUGGGACGGAAUCAGUUACAAAGUAGCGAUGCUUAAUCUCCUCGAAUAUGUGCCUAUCUGUGAUAGGCUUUUUCAACAAUAUUUCCUCAGCCUGGAAAAUGCGAUUUUGGAUAAUACUAUGGAGUCUAAAAUCCUUAUUCUUCAGUACUACACAGCGGUAAUCCGACGUUGCGGCAGUAUUCUUCAAUCGAAUACCUCGGUUGAGCAUGUCCCAGAUCUAGCAAGCAUCAUUCAUAGGGCAGAAUUGGUAUCGUUGGCCAUACUCGAAUGCCCAGCCACCUCUCACCUUGGACCAUCCAAGGACUGCUGGUCCCCCAGCUCAUCUGUCCUUCAAUUCUACGUGCAGCUAGCGGAGCUAUAUCUUCACGCUCCUUCAAACAAGCUUAUACGGCUGAACACUCCGCCCCCUGAGAGCGUAUAUCUCCUGGCAUUCACUCCAGUUCUCAGCCAUAUUUCGUUAAUGAGCAGCGUGGUAGCAAGCUAUAAAUCUUCCUUUGAACAGUCCUUGGCCAAUACGGCUUCUGCUGAUGGUUCUUCCGGGCAGCCAUACCCAGAGGCUAUGGUAACCAGCCUUAAUGGACAUGUGCUAGACAUCUGCAACUUACUAUGGCGGAAUAGAGGGUUGAAUAGUGAUGAACCUAACUCUCUUGGCUGUCUUGUGAGAAAUGAAGUCGCUAAAUUGCUCACCGAAUAUAUCCAGGAGGUGGGCGAAGACCUAGCAAAAAAGGGCAAAAAUGGUGGUAUUUACAGGCUUCGGCUUGCAUCUAUAUUUUCCCUGAGCCAUCACGCCGCUCUGUGUGGCAUGUCAGCGAUGUGUUUCAGAAAUUUAGAGUCUAAUGCGGAAAAGGACGGGCAAGAAGUAUUAGCACGAUUAACAUGGCCGGUGACGCAAAAGGCAUUGAAUGCUCUACACAAAGCGGGGGGUAUAAAGGUCGACUGGCAAGAGUAUAGGUUGAAAAUGCUAGAAUGGUUAGACAAGCAUGGGUCUGAAGGAAUCGGCCGAUUGAUGAGAAAUUCGAUGAUGACGUUGCGGCAAGGAUAG